AAAGACAGAGUCCCUCCCUAGCUUUCCACUGGCAGUACUCACUCACUUCCAUGUGCACAGCCCUCGAAGAAUAAAACUUCUUUCUAAGCUUAUCACAGUCUUGGCUGUAGUGGUAGUGGCCUAACUUGCAUUACAGCCAGAAUAGGUGUUUCCCUGAUGCCUGAUCCUAGUACAUUAUAAUCUCGUCCCGUGGGAUACUCAGGUAAUCACUGAAAAUUUUCCGUCAGUUUUAAGAGGAUUUGUUUAUCUGAGUUGGUGGAUCAUGGUUGCACGUGGCUUAAACUGAAAAAGUUUCAGUAGCGAGAUGGGUGAUUUAAUCGAUGAGUGAUUUCUAGGUGGAAGAUAAGAACCUUGAGCUUUAUUAUCAUGGCUUGUGCUUUAUAGUGUGGUUUGCUUUGAAUGUUAAUGUUUUUAACUAUUUUUAUCGGUGGGGAUGGUUUUGGGUUUUUUAUGAUUGUCAAGCAAAAAGGGGUUUGGCAGCAAGCGGAGGGAUAUGAGUUGUGGGUUUUGUUAAAUUCGAUUCGUUGUUGUUUUUGCCUUUUCUGUAUUUCUGUCUGCAGGUUAGAAUUGUUCAUAAAGCUCUUUAAAAAUACCGUGAAUAUUGGGUGGUUUUGGAAUUAAAAAUUGCUGACCCAGCUGGGAUUGUUGAAGCAAUCUUGAACUAAGAAUAGUAAGAAUAGUGGCUGUGAGUGUGAGAUGUGAUUCUUCUGGAGCGAAUAUGAGACCUUUAAGCAGUUUAGGGAUUGGUCUUAGUCUGGUUUUCGGUUUUCUGCUCUUGGCUCUUGUUGCGGAGCUCUACUACUUGUUAUGGUGGAAGAGAUUCACCAACAGAGAGAUUGAUGAUGAUUACAGCAGCAUUGGGAGAGAGCUGUUUUACCCGUUCUGCUGGAAGAGAGCACCGUUGUUGAGUUCCACUGCCUUGAGCCCUCAGGAAAUCUGCACCCCUGUGAGAAUUACAGGGGCUCAUGGCCAUGAAACAGAGAAUCAGCUUAACCUUCGUUCAGGUUCAAAUAGGGAUUUGCUGCUGAAACCCUAUGAAGACGACGGUGUGGAUUUGGAACUCAUGAUGCUCUAUAACUUAGCUGGGCCUCCAAGAUUCCUCUUCACCAUCAAAGAAGAGACAAAGGAGGAUUUGGAAUCCGAGGAUGGGAAGUCCAGAGGUGAUAGAAGCCGAAAAGGGUCGAGAUGUGGGAGCUUGAGUGACGUCCUGACUGUGGAGACCCCAUUUUUGACUCCUUUGUCUUCUCCACGAUUUUUCACUCCACCGCUGACCCCUGUGGACCCGUAUAGCAACCAUGGAUUCAACCCUCUCUAUGAAUCAACAACAGAUGCGGAGCUUAACAGAAUUAGGUCUUCACCACCUCCAAAAUUCAGGUUCUUGAAAAAUGCGGAGGAGAAGCUGUACACGAGAAAACUGAUGGAAGAAGUCGAGAAAGAGAAACAUAAAAAUGGUGGGUCUGUUCAAGAUGGGUUGGCGAAAGCUCCUGCUUCAUCUGUGGUCACAGAUGAGGAAGAUGGAUCUUUUAUCACCAUAAUUGUGGGUAAAAACAAAGAGAAAGAGUUUCAUCACCAUUCUAGUGCUUCACAAGUGCUACCUCUAGAUUGUUCUCCUUCCACAAUCCAGCCAGUUUACAGGAAACCCGUCCUGCAUUCUAGUCCCAUGCUGAGAUGAAAAUAAUGAAACUUGCUGUGAUCUCUCUCUCUCCCCCAUUUUCUCUCUCCGUUUCUCUCUGAUUAAUUCUUUCAUGAUCAUUGUUAGGCUUGUUUGUGAACCUAGUGUUAGAGAUUUUAGCUUUUGAUUUUUUCAUGUUUAAUUGCAUUUCUCUGUCAAAUGAUGAACGUUCUCUGUAACUUGAAGAGUCUCACAGAUGGUAGCGAUGGGGAGACUUGUGGUUGUGAUUA